AUGGCGUCAAUUUCCAGUGCCUACGCUAGCCGACGCUCCAGGCGAGCCCGUGUCGCAUGCGAAGUAUGCCACGAGCGCAAAGUCCGUUGCGAUGGCGUUGCAAAUGGUUUCCCAUGUACCAACUGCCGCCUCGAUUCCAAAGCGUGCACGUUCCGCCCGUCGCGGAGAAAACGCCGUCCGGCGCCAACGGAGCCGGCUAUCCAAGAAAGCCCACCGGAUGCAGAGAGCAAUCCCAGCCCGUCACCGAAUGCCAUGGAUCCAUUCUCUCUCCACGAGUUUCUGAGUGCCGGGGACAUUUACCAGCUGACACCGGCAACCCUUGGCCAACUCGAAGCACAAGGAUGUCUGCAUGUCCCGGGUAGGGUAGCACUAGAUAGUUUUGUGCGGCAUUAUUUUCUCUAUGUUCAACCUUGCUCCCCAGUCGUGGACGAAGCCUUAUUCUGGGAGAUAUACCAGCGCCGAAACGACACUCAAGGCCGAUGGUCCCUGUUGCUCUUUCAGGCGAUGCUCUUCACCAGUGCCAGCGUAAGACGAUCUUCUGUAUGCCAGGGUUGGAAGCUUACUGUUAGCAGUAUGUUCCUGUCGAAACUGCUCGUCAGUGCCUUGUACGAUGCCGGGGUUGAAAAAGACUCUUAUGUGAUUGCACAGGCAUCCUUGCUGCUAACAUACUACUCGUCGCCAUCGACUGCCGAUACAAGAUGGAUGACCACUGCCAUCCAGAACGCAAAGGCAGAAAUGGCACAUCAGUAUUAUUACGAAGAUAUACAGACUCGGCGGGACAAAAAUGCUUUAAAAAGGCUCUGGUGGAGCUGCUUAAUGAGAGAUCGCACUCUGGCGCUAGCCGUGCGACGCCCACUACAAAUCCUUCCCGAUGAAUUUGACCUCCGCCAGCCAUGCUUGGGGGAAAGUGAUCUGGAAGAUGAGAUCCAACAGUCAGAAGUCUAUCCACCGCAUGUCAAGGCUGCACUCUGCCGAGUUAUGGCCUCCCUGUGCCAGCUAGCCGUCGUCGUGACCGACGUGCUGUCGAUCGUCUACCCAAGCACCCGGUACCAGCACAGAGAUCAAGGAGACACUAAUGAAACGCUUGGUGCCAUCGAACAAGCCAAAUUGCGUCUACUGAUGUGGGAGCAAAGCUGCUCUAUGGCCAUGAAUGUAAAAGACCGACCGCUUCAUUCCUCACUGGUUCUAUAUGGACACUUGCUGACGAUGUACUACCGGUGA